AUGGUGCGCACACUCGACGCUUUGUCCCAGAACUCCAAAUCGCUGCGCCGCCUCGCCGCCGACCACGGCUCCCUGCACACGGCUGCACUCCCGCCGAACUAUCUCUUUGCGCCGUCCUACGACUCCUCGGAACUGACCUCUCUCGACAUUCUCCUCGCCGGGCCCGUCGGCACUCCCUAUCAGAAUGGCGUCUGGCGCUUGCACCUCGACAUCCCGCCUACCUACCCGACUGCUCCCCCGACAGCGCAAUUUCGCACGCGACUAUGGCAUCCCAACAUCGAUGAAGCCACAGGUGCUGUCUGCGUCGAGACUCUGAAGCGCGAUUGGAGUAGUGCAUUGAAGCUGAGAGAUGUCCUGGUCACCAUCAGUUGCCUGUUGAUUCAGCCAAAUCCAGCAAGUGCACUCAAUGAAGCGGCAGGAAAGCUCGCGAGUGAGGACUGGGAUGGUUUCUGCAGGCGCGCGAAGCUGAUGACGGAGAUCCACGCUGCCGUGCCUAGCAACAUUGCUGCGGAAGUGAGAGAAGCGCAGAUGCGAGGUGACGAUGCACCUCUGGAAGCAGGACCAGUCCAGACGGAGCCAAAAUUUCAAGGAGCCAAGGGCAAGGAGCGCAUCAGAGCCACUCCAACGACAUCCAAGGUGCCGCAACCCGUGACCGAGGACGAAGAGAACACCCGACGAAGGGAUGACACACAAGAGCUGGAGAGCGAUCCCGAGAGCGACUGGAUUCCUGGACCAGACAACACGGCUAAGCGUGCAACAGCUCAGGCCAGCAAUGUCUUUGGCAUCAAGGGCCUUGAUGAUGGCAUGCUCAAUACGCCUUCAAAAAGAAUAUAUGCAACAACCACGGCAAGUCCAGGGCCAGAAACUCGCAAUGAUUCGCACCCGUUCAUCGAUGUCCUCUCCAAGCGCACCAUACACACUUCCCAGUCCUUUGAUCUACGACUCCCCACAUCUGCUAUCCCUGCACCUAUUCAACCCGCAUCGACCAACACACCCGAACUUCUCAAAUUUUCGCACCAAAAUCCCUUCUCGGCCAUACAACUGAACAAUCAGACACAUCCUUUGAUCCGCGAGCUGUCUUACACCUGGGAUGACUCGGAAGUCUUGCAUGACACGGGUUUGAUACAUGACGGCACGAGCAAGCUCGAGGUCAAGAAGAGGCUGGCGGGCCAAGACUUCGAGGCCAAGAAGUGUUGGGAGAUGAAGAGAUUCAAAAAAGCUGGCUGUGAUUUGAGUAGGUAUAACAGAGGGGAUUUCGGGCCCAGGAUUGGCAUGGGGAGACUUUGAUGGAAUUUGUGUGUUUGCAAUGUCUGUUUUCGAGGCGUCGUAUGGUGGCGAUGGAUACCCCCAGCUGUGACCUGACUAUAUAGCUGUAUGUGAUUCGCUACGCGAAUACAUAGAUACGACUGUAUAGCUCAGCGCUCUGUUCAGAAUCAAAAUAAUUCCUUGUUUAAU